CACUAGACCUCAGCCGGCACCGCAUUACAGUUUACACGGACCAGUCGGUUCGCCCGGGUCUUUGGCGUUUCUACUAGCUUGUCGGUGUAGUGCAUUCGAACAGCUCCGAGUAAUCUCGUACAUACAAAUAUUUGUAUACUUACAAGAAGUUACAACACACACACAUUUAUAUACCGUUAACCCUCGUGUGUUGGAAUUCGCGCGCGUGCCGUUUGCCUGUUGUACCGUCGUGCAAACUUGUCCGUCGACAUGUAACGGAAACGAUAGUAGUGGAUAACCGACGUGCGUGCGAACGGUCAAGCCGUUAAAAGUUCUAUCAAAGGCCAAAAUAAGAAAAAACAAAUUUUUUUUAAGAAAAAAAACCCCCGUCAACUGCAUUUGCUAAAACAGAUUGAUCAUGCGAUGGAAGACGGUGCUUUUGAUGGCGCUGUUGACGGUCGCCGGCAGUCCGCGUCUGGCCAAGACGAUGACAUGCGAGGAAUUCCAAACAGAGUUCCGGUAUCCUUGCGCCUGCGAAGAAUUCCGACCGAUCGGCGGCUUGGCGUUAAACUGUGACGGUGUCGUGUACUCGGGCGACAAUGUCGUCAUGCCCAAGGAUGCGCCGGUGCUGGUGUUCACCCAGAAAAACGCCGGCCAUUAUUCGGUGCCCUCGCAACUGUUCCCGUCGACCGUAAAGUUGGACUUGUCGCAAAACUCCAUCAGGCGGUUGUCGGACAAGUCGUUCGCGGUCGUGAAGAACACCAUCGAAGACUUGCGGUUGGCCGGCAACUUGUUGGGCGAUACGUUGAAUCCGAUUUUCUCGACUACGGAAUUCCACGGUUUGUCCAAGUUAAUACGGCUGGACCUGAGCGAGAACAGGAUAUCCUCGCUGGAAGAAGGCAUACUUAAGGGCUGUGUCAAUUUAGAGGAACUCAAACUCAACGAAAACCGGCUAGAUUUCGUGCCCAGCUCUUCGCUGAACGGACCGCAAGCACUUCGGGUUCUCUCGUUAAAAAACAACAGGAUCGAAAGCAUACAUCAAAGGUCGUUCUUGUCGCAAAAAUCCUUGCUGACUAUUGAUCUCUCGUCCAAUAGAGUCAACAACAUUGAAAUUGGCGCGUUUGAGGGAUUAGCGUCGCUAAAGCAGCUACUGUUGGCCGAAAAUAGAUUAUCCAAGUUUAACAGUGACGUUUUUCUAGGUGCCGAAAAGCUCGAGAAACUUGACGUUUCCAACAAUUUUAUUGCGGAGUUCCCUACAGUAUCUCUGAAGCGGUUCGAAAAUUUAAAAAUACUGAACUUGUCAUCAAAUCUAAUACAAAAAUUGGAUAACACGCAGCUAACGACUUUGGAAGUACUGGAUGUUAGUAGGAAUAACAUAGGUACCAUUUCGUCGGGUACAUUUACGAGCCUGAGAAAAUUAAAAAUUCUCAAUUUGGCAGUGAACAUGUUGAGAACCGUGGAAGACGACGCUUUCGAAGGUCUGACGAACUUAGAAUCAUUAUCUUUAGAAGACAAUAACAUUUUAUUGAUACCAGUCACUGCGCUCGCUAAGCUACCAAAAUUGAAUAAAUUGCGUUUGGACUACAAUAGAAUUGCCGCUUUAUCUUUGAACAUUCUCCGGGGAAUGUCUGACAUCUUAGUCGAAUUGGGGCUGAGUAGAAACGUUAUCAGGGAAGUGCCACCAGAUGUUUUCCAAGACUUCAAAAAGCUUAGAGUACUAGAUUUAGCUGGAAACCUGCUGCUCUCUGUGGAGCCUUCGACAUUUUCCGGAUUAGAAAAUACACUGGAAACAUUAAACCUACAAGGCAAUAGAAUCGCCACCCUCUCGUCAGAACCGAUCAACUUGCAGUCGCUUAAAUCGUUGGACUUGUCUUACAACCAACUAAAAGAAAUCCCUCGUCACACGUUCAUGAUGAUGCCCUCGUUGUUAAGCUUGAACCUUAGUCACAACCCUCAUUUAGCCCUGAUACCCGUCACUGUGUUCCAUCCACUGACCCAAUUGCAAAAACUCGACGUCAGUUUUACAAGUAUAAAAAUCCUAAGUCCCGAAUUGUUUUUCAGAACCACAUCGCUCACUCAUCUUUUCAUACAAAGCAACGGCAUUAUAGAACUGCCGGAGACUAUAUUUCAAACUCUUUCAAACUUAGUGCACUUGGACGUAUCAGAAAAUCAAAUUUCGAACAUACGUAUCGGUACAUUUAGCGGCCUUUCUUCUAUAAAAUACGUUAAUCUGUCAAAGAACAAACUUUCCUCGUUCAAAGGAGAGUAUUUCAUCACGAAGCGCAGUAACGGGACGCCAUUAGAAGAAAUUGACAUGUCGAAUAAUCAGAUUAGUUAUUUGUUCCCGUCUACGUUCAAAGUGCACCCGUCGAUUAAAGUUAUCAAAAUGUUCAACAACAAGUUCAAUUACUUCCCGUCGGAGCUGAUCGCCGGUUUGGCGCACCUGCAAGAAAUCGAUUUGAGUAAAAACAGUCUGAAAACAUUAGAAGAAUUCGAUUUUGCCGGUUUACCUCGAUUGAGAAAACUUAACUUAGCCGAAAACCAAAUAGACACCAUUAGCGAAACGACGUUUCACAAUUCCACUCAACUGCAGACGAUUAAUUUGGGCAACAACAACUUGGAACGCAUUGGCGAGAGGACGUUCCAGGGAUUGAACAGAUUGCAUUACCUGAGCUUGGAAAACAACAAUCUUACCGAACUACCGGAUUUCAUUUUCGAUCGAACUCGUUUAAAGGUUUUGGAGAACAUAAAUUUAGCUAAAAACAGAUUUACCGUAGCCCCGUUGAAAAGCUUACAGAAACAGUAUUUCUUUUUAUCGUCCGUCGAUUUGUCCUCGAAUCAGCUGACCGACAUUCAGACCGACGACAGCAUAGUGGUGAAUAUAAAAAAACUUGACUUAUCGUUCAACCCGCUUACCGAAACGGCCAUAAAAAACAUACUCAGCGAACCGAAAACUGUGCGUGAUCUUAACUUGGCCGGUACCGGUAUAAAAGCGUUGUCGCCUCUAGAAACGCCGUUUUUGCAAAAGCUUAACUUGUCAUUUAAUGAAAUAAACGACAUGGACGAGCACAUGUACGACCGGGCGACGCUGAUCGAGGAACUGGAUUUGUCUCACAACGAACUCCGCAGUCUAGGUCCUCUCAGAACCGUAUGGCCCAAGCUCAAUCAGAUACAGUUGGUGGACCUGUCGUGGAACCCUAUUGCGAACAUAGUGCAAGGAGACAUGGAUAAGUUGGGUUCGUUACGUUCCUUGCGGAUCAGCAACCUGCCGGAGUGCGACAAAAUCGAAAAGAACGCUUUCCGCAAUUUAGGCAACUUGGUCGAACUGAAGAUGUUUGACUUACCGAAACUAGGGUAUUUGGACGUUACCGGACUCCUCAACUACUUACAAUCCCUGGAGACGCUCGACAUAGAAGUAAAGGACGCGUCCAUAGGCACCCAACUGUCGGCCGCCAUGAACCCCAGACUAAAGUCGUUGGCCAUCCGAGGCCAAAGAAUCAACAGCAUAUCGUCGGGCGCGUUGGCCGGUCUGAAAGCUCAAAAGGUGCAAAUCAAGAUCCAAAACACGUCGUUAACCGGCCUGCCGCCGUCGCUGUUAAUUCCACUACCCCGGUCAUCCGAAAUCCAAUUGGACGUGUCCAACAACCAGUUGUCUACGUUAACGUCGCAGUUUCUGGCGGCGUUGGACGACAGACGCAGUCUACUCAAGCUUAACGGGCUGCGCUCAAAUCCCGUGUACUGCGACUGCAACGUCAGGGCGCUAAGGAGAUCUCCGCUGGCCCUGGACUUGGUGUGUUCGGCUCCGGCUUUCGUGGCCGGCAGCCUACUCAUCGAGAUACCCGACGACGACCUGACUUGUGACGUUAGCCGACAGACAACGACGACCGUGGCUGCGCCCACGACUUCCACCACUGUCAACCCGGUGACAAUCAUUAAAGCGCCAAAGAUGCCGAUGAGAGCCACCACCGAACCGGACAUCAUAUGGUCGCUGCCGCCGGCCACCACUGCCAAUCAAAAGCCGCCGGCCACGGUCAAAUCACCCAACCUGGCGUCGGUAACCACUAUGACCAACGACGACACGCUCAUCAUCGGCAUCGUGGCCGGCGUGGUGGUUUUCAUCGCCAUACUCGUGAUCAUCAUUUGCGUUGUACGCAUCAGGCUAUCGGCGGCGGAGUACAACUCGCACAUGAACGCCUUGCCCCCGGUAUUGGGCGCCCCCAUGCACUGCACCAACCAGGCGUGCCCGUGCCCAAAGAUGUCCAGCCAGAUGUACCCCAUGUCGGCGGCGUCCUACAGCAACAGCUACGCCACGCUGCCUACGCACAAGCUGUCGUCUGUGUCGUCUCCCAUGCGGCAGUCGUACAGCAACCUCGCUGGCCCGCCGUUCACCCACAACCCGUAUUACAUACCCUACGCGUCCGACGAAAAGGAAUACGCGAUGAGCAUGAGGUAGCCGUCACCUCGCUGGUCUGUCGCGACCACUCUUCGGACAUAACCUGUACAUAAUGAUGUACUGAAUAAAAGAAGACUUGAAACAAACGGUUAAAAAUCAAAAUAACUGUAAAUUCAUAUCGACCGAAGCAUUUCUAUCACCUACGUCAUGUUGUUGUCUUGCCAUUCCGCAUGUUCAUAAAAUAUGUUUUUUUUUUUUUUUAGUUAUUAAUAAAUUAGUUAUUAGUGCAUGAAACAACUACUGUGGUCGCAAGAAUUGUAUUAGCCUUAAGGCUCACGGUGCCUAAAAUUGCAAUCAUUAACUAUGGAACAUUUUUAACUAUAAUUAUGACAACUUAUAUUUAGCUUAUUUUUAUAAUACUUGUGAAGUAUAUUUUUUAGCGUUCGGUUUUUUCUUUCAUUAAACCAUUUUGGUGUUGAAAAUUAAUUUACGGGAAAAGCGACGGAGCCCCAGAGAGAAAGUUUGAUAAUUUUUUAUGAUGAUCAGGGUGAUAUAUUAAUCCCUAGAACAUUAAUGUUUAAAAAAAUGUACUAAUAAUAAUCUAUUUAAUAGAGAAUUCUUCGUGUUAACGGAGAAAUGUUGAACGAAAUGUCACAAAAAGAAAACGUUUCAUUAAUAAAGUCAAGAUUUACGUAAGGGAGUUGGGAGGACAUUUUUUUUAUGCAUAUCACCCCCAAAAUAAAAAAUUGUAAAUACGCCACUGGGGCGCUUUGUAUUAUACGAAUUAAUUACUAUGUAAAUUAAGUUGUACUUAAAUUGACGGCGAUUUUUUUUAGAGUGUACAUUUAUAAUAAUUUGCUCAAUAAUAAUAGCGGGGUUUAAGUUAAAAAACAAAAAGUAUUAAUUAUUUUUCUUUUUUAACGCCGUAGCUGUUACCAAACCAGUAGUGAAUAGUAAUUAAUUACUGCCUUGUUGCCGCGCUGGACUGAUAACUUUUGUUUUAGUCUUGUACGUCAGUUUUAUACUAUAAAGUUUAUAGAAACCCAACAGAGUACAAUGGAAAAUAAUAAAUAAAAAACAAUAAAUUUGCGAUACUAUAAUAGAACAAUGUAGACUGUUUACAAUUUUUAAUGCAUGUUGUAUGUUCUUAAACAUUAUACAUAACUAAGAUACUUUUUUAUUAAAUAAAUUAUCAAAUUUUCGGUUGUCGCGAGUAACAAAAAAUAUUCAAUGACAUAGUUAUAGAUAACUUCAAAAUUCUCAUUUUUUGUCAUUAACUAUUUCUAUUUUUCCUAACAAAAAGGCAGUACCAAAUAAUAAAAAGAUUUGUGACAAAUUAUUAUGAGAAAAUUCAUAAUUUUUUCAUUUUAAAACUAAAAUUUAUAUUUUUUAAUACACAUAUAUUUCAGAUGACUUGGCUUAUACAAUAUCUGAAAAUACCAUUUAUGAUAUUUUGUCUUUUGAUUAAAUAAUUCAAUUCGCUAUUUUUAACACACGUAAACCGUUAAUGUAAAUUUAUAUAGGCUGUUCCCCAAAAGAAUAGCCGGAAAUAGACCAAGAUUACAUAUCAUUAGUAUUAGUUAGUAUAUAAAUUGUGUAAUUUUGUUAUUUCAAAGGGCCCAUGACAGAGAUUAUGACAAAAUACUUUGUUUAUGGUCUUUUUGAAGAAUAAGAUAAAUAUGUUUAUAUUACUUUAAUUUUGUUUAAAGAACAUAAGUAAUAAUAUAAAAUAUGUAUAAAUGAUUGCUCUUAAUAAAUAUUAUAAAUAUAUUAUUUGUAUACUUAUAUAUUAUUUUAUAUAAACAUUUGUAUAAAAAAAAAAAUAAUAAA